AUGGCGGUGUGCUGGUGUGUUCUGCUCUGCUGUCUGGCCACGAGUCAGGCUCAGCUUCUCCACCCUCUGCCUGUGCUCUGGAUGAUACCGGGAGGUUCCACCUCUGGGUGGGGCAACUUGACCGGGGGCUUGGAACCAGCGGUCCGACUGGCUCUACAGGACCUGAAGAACCAACCUGGACCAUUGAGGGACUUUCAGAUCCAGAUCCAGCUGCUGGACUCCCAGUGUGAUCCCGCCAAAGCACUCAGAGCUUUGUUCGACAUCAUGUGGGCGGGGCCAAAGUACCUCCUGCUGCUAGGAGGGGUGUGUCGUCCCGUGACUGCUCUGAUUGGUCGAGCCCUGCCGGCCCUCCACCUGGUGCAGGUGUCAUUUGUGGCCUCAUCUCCCAGCCUGUCAAACAGAAAAUGGUACGGCAGAGUGUUCAGCACUGUGCCAUCCGACCGCUCCGUCAAUAUGGCCGCCGUCAGACUGCUGCAGCGCCACCGCUGGACCAGAGUGGGCGUGGUCACACAAGAUAGACCCCAUCUCUCUGAGAUGAACAAAGACCUGAUGAGACAGCUGCUGAAGGCCAACAUUGAAGUGGCCGUCUCCCCGAGUCUCUCUGAAGACAUCUGCAGCAGCCUGAAGAUGCUCAGAGAUCUUGAUGUUCGUAUCUUCAUUGCACAGUUUGACGAUGACUCUACCUCUGAGACGUUUUGCUGUGCCUACAGGCUGAAGCUGUUCGGUGCUCGCUAUCAGUGGAUUGUGGCUACAGGCGGAGCAGGCGGCUGGAAGUUGGGCUGGCAGCGCUCUGGCUGCAGAGCAGAAGACCUGCAGACAGCCGCAGACGGAACCAUCCGACUGCAGCUCAGAACGCUGAGCAACAGACAAACACCGGGAGUGUCAGGACAGACUCCUGAGGAAUACCAGCAGGCCUACCUUAGGGAGGUGAUGGAGCAGAGGUCAGAGGUCAAUCCGCUGCACACUUUCGCCUAUGACGCUGUGUGGGUGGCGGCCAGAGCGUUGGCACAGACUGCCGAGGUUCUGAAACGCAGACAUAAGUAUCACAACAAGACGGUGGGUGACGACGAGAGUGUCAAGAUGCUGCUGGAGAAUGUGAAAAACACUAACUUCCAGGGAGUCACUGGUCCAGUAUCUUUCAGAAAUGGGGAGAGAAUGACAUCUAUUGAAAUCGUCCAGUUUCAAGGUCAGACCAAUGGUGUGUUGGUGGGAGAGUUCAGCAUUUCCUCUCAGCAGCUCCGACUGAAGACUCCCCUGCUUAAGUUUAAAGGUGUGGGACCCCCCAGAGACCGCCCCGCUAUCCACGUGCAGGACGUCCAGGUCGGAGUCCCCUUGUACGCUGUCAUUUCAUCAGCCACAGUUGUCACCAUGGUAACAACACUGACCGUGCUGUGUGUGGUGAUCAUCGGCUACAAAGACUGUGACUCCGAAGAUCCGAACUCCAUCACCAGGCUGCAGAGCGACGUCUGCAGGAGCUCCAACACGGAACUGUGGAUCAGUGUGCAGUGUGGUUCCAAGGUUCCUCUGCUGGUACACGAUACACAGCUACACAACAACUCUGUUUUUGGAUGUUUCCUGGCAUGGCAGAUCAGGGCUGUAGACUCGGGCCAUCCUGCGCUGGGCGGUCCCCAGGUGGCCCUGAGCGUGGCGGCGGUGACAGUCUGCAGCGCGGUGGGCUUUCUGGGUUCUGUGCUGACGUCUCACAGCCCGUCCAUCAGCUUCAGUCUGAGCAGCGUCUCCAUCCUCAGCUGCAACCUUUUUGUCCUGCUCGUCAUGUUCAGCCCGAAGCUGGACGUACAGAUAAACACCCUCAGCCUGCAGCUGAGUGACGGCGUGGAGCCGGAGAGGCUGCAGCGGGAGGCGGGGCUCCAGAACGGGACAUUCACACAUCAGUCACUCUGUCACGAAGCUCCGCCCAGUGAGAGCGAUCACAUCAACUCCCCAGAAGUGGUGCGGCGCCGGUUCUCCAUCCAGCUGCCCAUCCUCCAUCACUCCUACCUGCCUGUCAUCGGUGGCGUCAGCUCCAGCAGCUCCAACAGCAGCUCCAAACCAGAUAACCUGGUGGUCGAUAACGUGCUGCAGUAA